CGGUCGGCUAAGUAAAAAUAAAUCGGAUUGUAUUUCAACAGGGCAUUUUAGUUUAAAACAACACGACAAUGAUAUCCGAAAUGAAACUGAUAAAUAACUUGAUUGGAAUUUUACUUUAUUUUGUUUAUUCCUCGUGUGGAUUCCCAAGCCAAUGCUCUGAUUUCGAGAUUCUGCAAUGCAACAAUGGCGCCCACCAAAUGAUGUUCUGCUCUGCAAAGAAAGCCAACACGAGGCCCGUCGCAUCCGUACACGUGGACCUUAGGCAUGAAACUCGCCACUGUCAUGCCCAAGGAGAAGCUCAAAACUUCGGACUGACAGCAGCGGCUGAUCAAAUGUGGACUGCACACUGGUGCUAUGGGACAUUCAUUCUGUGCUAUCAAUCGGAAUACAAAGAUUCACCCGAAGAUCAAUCAGACGAAUCUUCUACAACUACACACAUAUUAACAAAUACAGCUGUGUCUACAUCUCCUGAAAAUGAUAACAGUGGAAAUUUUACGUCACAUAAUAACGUCACAAAAGAAAUCGGACCUCCUCGGUCUGAUGACGACCACGGAAACUCUCUUAGCGGUAUCGACAGCGAGGCUGAUCAACAACAUAUAAGCUUUGAACAAGAUGAAAGCUCCAACACACUGGACGAUAAAUUGAAAUUCUGGCUUCUGUUUGGGAUUGUGGCUGGAGGCGUGAUUAUCAUUGUUCUUAUCGCCGUCAUAACAUACGUCGUCGUCAAAUGUGAAACAAAUACCAAAGCGCGUCAGUACGGAACGUCUAGAUCCAUCUGUGAAACAAGAUAUUACAGAGGCGAAAAACCGUCAGUUACAGAACUGUUAGACAAUGACGAAAACAUGUAUGCAGAUAUCGGAACAUGUGAACGCUUCAAAUGUGAGGACACGUCGUGUGAGCAGUUGAAUUGCGAGGACGAGUUGGGAAAAGACUUAAACAGGACAAUAAAACAGGAUAACAAUACAUGCACUCAGGCCAUGAACAAACAGCUAUGUGUUAACACGGCUUAUUCGGAGAAUGUUUAUGAUCAUGUCAUCAUUUUACCAGCCAAGAGGUGCUCUAUUGACAAUGUUUACAACCGCCUUUACGUUGGGGACAGUUCCGACCAACACAUGCCCUCUAUCGAAAUAGCAAUCCCCCCAUCAGUUGAUGUGGUUUAAAUCAUUAUUUAUCACAUGCCACACCCUGUUUCCCAUGUUAUAUAACCAGUACGAAUAUUUUUAUCUUACACAUGUGUAAUAUACUUUUUAAGCGUU